GCUGACGUAAGGGAGCUGGGGAGGUUGGCCGACCCUGCAGGAAGAGGCAGAUAACCGUAAUGAGGACCCAGCAGGGGUGCCAGAUUGUUUUUUAAGAACAUUUUAUUCUCUCUCGGCCACUCAGUGUUUUAUUAUCCAUAUCAAGUCUUUUAAAGUUCCUUAUGACAAUAUAACCAGCGAUUCUAGACCUCCGCCCUUUUUCGUAGACUACACCAAGGAGGGUUUUCAGAUUGCAUACCCCAUUUUUCUUCUACAGCGUUUAAAGUGGGUCGAAAUGAUUUGGAGUACGAAAGUCCUCUGAACAUACUCGGAUGAACUAGGCUAACACCGUGUAUUUCCUCUGCACCACUCAGCUUUUUUCUGGAAAGAAAAUGCAUCAUAACCAGGAGGAGCAGUCGGGAAAUCCAAUUACUGCACAGCACGGGACAGCGCGGCACGGUGACUCCAACAGUCUGGGAAGCAGCUUGGACACUGACCCCCAGCAACCUGCUUACUGUAAACUGGAAUUCAGGAGAAAUGCAGUGACAGACGACUAUAAAAUCACAACCCAGGUUCUCGGCCUGGGAAUCAAUGGCAAAGUGCUGGAAUGUUAUUGCAAGAAAACAGGAGAAAAGUGUGCCCUCAAGAUUCUGUAUGAUACUCCUAAAACCAGAAGGGAGGUUGAGCUGCACUGGCGAGUGUCUGGAGGUCCCCACGUUGUCCGCAUACUCAGCCUGUAUGAGAACAUGCACCAGAGCAAGAAGUGUCUCCUCGUUAUAAUGGAGUGUAUGGAGGGAGGGGAACUGUUCAGUCGCAUUCAAGCCAGAGGGGACCAGGCCUUCACAGAGAGAGAGGCAUCAGAGAUCAUGCGUGACAUUGGUACAGCCAUCGAUUACCUUCACCACAUGGACAUCGCUCACAGAGAUGUGAAGCCUGAAAACCUGCUCUACACCACCAAGGAGAGUAACGCCACACUGAAACUGACUGACUUUGGCUUUGCUAAGGAGACGACACUUCACAACUCCCUCCAGACUCCCUGUUACACUCCAUAUUAUGUCGCCCCAGAAGUGCUUGGGCCCGAGAAAUAUGAUAAAUCAUGUGACAUGUGGUCUCUGGGGGUAAUCAUGUAUAUUCUUCUGUGUGGGUUUCCUCCGUUUUACUCGAACACAGGUCAGGCCAUCUCUCCAGGCAUGAAACAGAGGAUCAGGCUGGGCCAGUAUGAGUUCCCCAACCCUGAGUGGGCUGAUGUUUCCGAGGAAGCCAAACAGCUCAUCAUUCAGUUACUGAAGACAGACCCCAGCGAGAGGAUGACCAUUGAGCAGUUCAUGAACCAUCCAUGGAUUAGCCAGUCAAUGGUGGUCCCUCCAACACCCCUCCACACCUCUCGCGUUUUGACAGAAGACAAGGAGCUGUGGGAUGAUGUAAAGGAGGAGAUGACCAGCGCCCUGGCCACCAUGCGAGUAGACUACGACCAGGUGAAGAUCAAAGAUUUGGACACGUCCAACAACCCUCUGCUCAAUAAGAGACGCAAAAGGCCUAGGCCUGCGGGAGCUAGUGGCGGAGGAGAAGCCGAUGGAGGAGAGGUGUGUAACAGUCACAGGGAAGUUACAUUUUCUGAAGAACAUGGGGAAUGAUUACUGGACAAAAGUAACAUACAAGCCAGAGUAAACAAUAUUUCACAUCUCACUUCCCUUUAUUGUAUUUACUGACUUUUUG